AUGCGUGACGCUGAUGCAAAACAGCUGAAUGAUGACAUGUUCCAGCUGGUUCCAAGAAGAGAGCUGGGCUUCCUCGAGCAAGAACUGGACUUUAAGAGAGAGGAAGACUCUGUGAUUUCUGAAGGAACCAGAGCAGGAAGAGAGAGGAGGAAGAACACGUGGAGAAGACGGGGCAGUUUCCCAUGUCCCUGUGAAGUUGCAGCCAUGAGGCAUGAUCGGGACAGUCUUUGGCCCUUGAGAAAAGAGUCAAUAUUUCAGGUUUUAGAAAUCAACUUUGUACAACACUGUGUAAAUCCCCAGUAUAAUAUCCACUUUUGUCCACUGCAGAGCUACUGCAAAGUGGCCAACCACAUCCUCGACAAAGCAGUCAUUCCAAACUGGGCUUUCACUCCUGAAAAAAAUGCCAGCUCAGAUUUGUUGCAGUCAGUGAAUUGGUUUGGGAGGCGAUUCCGCAUCCAGAACAAACCGGAGCACAUUGCAGAUGAACUCUUCAUUCAGAAUAAAGGGCGUCACACCAACCACAAUACCUCAGAGAGAAGUUUCAGUUUCUCCAUGAACGUGAGCAAUACAACAGAGGGUAUUCUAGGAAUGAUAGACGUUCCCAGGCAAGAGCUGUGGAAGCUGCCACCACAUGCAUCCGAAGCCAUCAGUAUAGCUUUUCCCACCUUGGGGGCUGUUCUGAAAGAAGCCUACUUGCAAAAUGCCAGUCUUCCCAGGCAGGUAAAUGGGCUGGUGGUUUUGGUGAUUUUACCAGAAAGAUUAAAGCAAAUCUUAUUCACCUUUGAGAAGAUCAAUAAAUCCCGGAAUGCCAGGGCCCAGUGUGUUGGCUGGCACUCCAGGAAAAGGAGGUGGGAUGAGAAUGUCUGUGAAACAACAUUGGAUACAGCCAGCAAAGUGAAAUGCUGGUGUAACUACACCAACGUGGUGAUGUCUUUUUCCAUUCUCAUGUCCCCCAUACCUGUAGACAACAAGGUCCUGGACUAUAUCAGCUGCAUUGGGCUCAGUGUCUCCAUCCUUAGCUUGAUUCUUUGCCUGAUCAUUGAAGCCACAGUUUGGUCCCGAGUGGUCGUGAUGGAGAUAUCAUACAUGCAACAUGUAUGCAUUGUGAACAUAGCUGUGUCUCUCCUGACCGCCAAUGUGUGGUUCAUCCUAGGCUCUAACUUUAACAAAAAGGCCCAGAACUACAACUGGUGUGUUGCGGUGACAUUUUUCAGCCACUUUUUCUACCUCUCUCUGUUUUUCUGGAUGCUCUUCAAAGCACUGUUCAUCACCUAUGGACUAUUGGUCGUUUUCCGGAGGAUGAUGAAGUCCUGCAAUGCCAUUGGCUUUGCCAUUGGCUAUGGGUGCCCGUUGGUCAUUGCUGUCACCACAGUCGCUAUCACAGUGCCAGGGAAAGGCUACAUGAGACAUGGUGCCUGUUGGCUUAACUGGGACAAUACCAAAGCCCUUUUAGCAUUUGCUAUCCCAGCCUUGCUUAUUGUGGCUGUGAAUCUUGUUGUGGUUUUGGUUGUUGCUGUCAACACUCAGAGGCCCUCUAUUGGCAGUUCCAGGUCUCAGGAUGUGGCCAUUAUUAUGAGGAUCAGCAAAAAGGUCGCCAUCCUCACCCCAUUGCUGGGACUGACCUGGGGUUUUGGAAUAGCUACCCUCAUCGAAGGCACUUCCUUGGUAUUUCAUAUAAUCUUUGCCCUGCUCAAUGCUUUCCAGGGGUUCUUCAUCUUGCUGUUUGGAACCGUUAUUGAUCACAAGAUCAGAGAUGCUUUGAGGUUGAGGAUGUCUUCACUGAGGGGCGGUCAAAGGCAGCAGAGAGGAAUCAGAAGGUCUCAGAAGCAGCAGCUGGCACCAUGUUGGGGGUGCAACAAACUCAGAGGACAAGACUGGAAAUUCAUGAUCAGUGAUCCUCCCAAGUCCAGAAUGGAGAGCUGGCAGCACCGGGAAAGUCUUUCAGCAGAAAGCAGGGCUCCAACCACACGGUUGAGAGCAGAAUUACAGCUCAAGGACACAAGUGUCUGGGAAGCACAAGGCCGGGUCACGGCCAGGCUAGGGGUCAACCACAGAACGCAGGCAGUAUUUCAGACCUUAAACCAGAACACAAAAUCUUAG